AUGGCCCUCGAGUGCAAUAGCUGCAAGAAGUCGCCGCCUGAAGUCGCCCUCAAGAGAUGGGCCUACAACGGCAAAGUUAUCGCCUCCGAAGGGUUGGAACAGGGCGUCAUCCGCCCCUUCACGCGUCUUGAAAAUCGCACUUGGCUGCAUGAUCGAUCGGAAAGAGAUGUCUACGGGCUGCUGAUCGACGCCUACCGACUGCGCGUUGAGGAUAUGUACAACAUUGAAGGCGAAGCAGACGCGGAUAGCAUAUAUGGUGGUGCCGCCAAUGGGCUGCGUGGCUUCAAGCGCUUCCUGGAGCGCGUCGAGCGUUGUCCCGCGUUACUGCCGCCGUGGUGGGAUGCAAAGAAGAAGAAAGAGUGCGAGACACUCGGUAUGACCCCAUCGCAAUGGCACGACCUACGAAGCGCGGUGGAAAAGAGCGACAUCAUCGAGCAUUAUGGGGAUUCCCGAUUCCCGAUGCAGCUUCGGAUGUUUGCUGAGUCCGUGUACGGUCGAGCUCCGGGCGGGACAAGCGGGACGGGGAUGAGGCAAAUGAUGGCCGCGAUGGAGCAGGGUAAAGCAGAGGAUGAAGUCGCAUAUGAUGGACAUGUCAGCAGCCAUGCUUGGUCGGCGGUGAAGGGAUAG